AUGAGAAAAAAAUCUAUGCGCUUCCUAGAAGAACAGAUCCUGUGCAUCAUAACUGUUUUCGUCAUUCAAACUUAUGGUGAUGGAAGCGUUUUAUCAUCAGUAUUAACACCAGAAACAGUUCGUAAAGAAAGAAGCUAUGAUAGAUACAGCUAUAGGCCCUACGAUAGGGACGACCGACCCUCAAGAUGCGGACGGUGUGAUGAUGAUGAUGAUGAUGAUGAUAGGAGUCGGGAAAGAGGUGAUGAUAGACGAUCGAAUAGACCUUCGUAUAAUAGAAAUGAUAAUGAUGAUGAUAAAUAUGACGGGGAUAGAAGAGACUCGAAUAAAACCAGCACUGACGAUGAUGAUGGAAGGAAAAGACCACACGAUGGAAAAGACAAGGAUAGACACCAUGGAAGACGGGAUAAGAACAGAAAUAGAUAUGACGACCGGGAUAGAUACAGGCCGGAUUAUUACGACAGGUUCUUGAGGGAUCCUUACCGGGAUAGAUAUGAUAGGGAUAGGUUUUAUGACGAUCCCUAUCCCAGAAGACCGAGCUACGACAGAUAUGAUGAUUAUGGGAGAUACGAUCCUUAUUCUACUUCAGGGUAUAGAAGACCAUAUUAUGAGGAUCAGUACGAUAGAACUGGUGAUAUUUAUGGAGGUUACGGGCCUGGAAUCGGCAGGGGACCACAUGAAAGUUUCAGACCAUGGGAUGAAACUUAUCGCGGUCAGGCGGGUUGGGACGCCGGAGGUCGAGGGUAUUACUUCGCUUCAGGAAGACCUGACUCCACUUGGGGACAGAGAGAAUAUUCUAGGCCACAAACUGGAGGAUAUCAGAACGGUUACUCAUCAGGAUAUAAUGGAUACGCUCAACAAGGACAAGGGUAUCGUGGAGCAGGGAUUGGAUAUGGAUCUGGGGGUGGAUAUGGGUCAGCUGGUGGUUACGGGACGGGAGGUGGUUACGGAUCGGCGAGCGGAUACGGAUCCGGAUUGGGAUACGGAUCGGGAUAUGCGGAUGGUUACCAGGACUUCAGUUACGGUCAGACCAGCGGCUGGAGGAAUGUGGGAGAACGAAGACCUUACAGGGACCAGAGCGGAGUGGCGUCAACUAUAACCAGGAUAACACAAGACAACCAAUAUGGAACGAACCGUCAACCAGGACAAAAUCAGCAGACUUACAAACCGGCAACCCACGGACAAAGUACAACACUAGCAACCAGCUAUUUAUAUCAGCGAAAUGACGGAGAAGUCAAAAGUGACACUACCGUGGCGCCAUCUUAA